AUGGCGAAUGCGAGAGUACUUACAGAUGAAGCUACCGAGGAGAAAGGAGAUCGUGAAUCAUUUGUUGGUGCUAUGGGUGAUCUUAUCGGGAAGCUGAGAGGACGGACCUGUCGGCUAGUGAAAAUACUGAAGAAGUAUGACAAGAGAACAGGAGCACUUAUCAGGCAGCCCUUCAUCGAAAAGGUGCUGCAUCAGCCAUUCUUUACAACUGAUCUCCUAUGCAAACUCGUGAAGGAGUGUGUGGCUAUGCUCGACCACCUCUUCCCCAGCAACAACCUGUCAAUUUCAGCAGAAUGCGACGGACAAAAUGGAGUGCCAAAGCCGGCACAAUCAAGUGGGAGGGUUCCGGAGUUGGAGGAGAUUAAAUAUAUGCAAAGCUUAUACAUGAAGAGCACUGUAGCAGCGCUGCGGUCCUUGAAACAGAUUAGGAGCAAAAGUUCAACAGUCAAAACAGAUUAG